CAUCAUAGAGCCCCCGUUACAGGAGUGGAGAGGCCAUGAGCCUGUGGCAGUGGGCGAGGGUGUGGGUGUGGCUGGUUGGGCUGGGGGCCAUUGAAACAGCACCCAGCCCGGGCAGCGCCGAGACCUGGGCCCCGGGAGCAGAGGCUCCGCUCUUCCUAGACAGACCUGACUUCUUCGAUUACCCAGACUCCGACCAAGCCAGGCACCUGGCCGUGGCCCGGUUUAUCGGAGAGAAACCUGUCAUCUUUGUUAAGUCAGGUUCCAACCCCAAGCUCUUCCAUCACAUCCUGGUGGGCAUCCUGGCAGCGGCCUUCUUCUUCCUCCUUUUCAAGUUCUGCACACACAUGAGCUGCCAGAAAGGGGCCUGAAGAGCCAGCCGGGGCCCUGGACGCCGGGCUGAGUGCUCAGACCCACCCUCCUCCCCUGCUGAGGAAUAAACGUUUUGCUUUUU